AUGCCUGUCAGCACCAACAUUGCACGUAUCGAGUCUUCAGCCGACCUCACACCUGAAGUUCUUAAGAAAUUGAACGAGUAUUUGGGCACUUUGGACCCUCGCGAAAUAAUCGAAUGGGCUAUUGAUCACUUGCCCAACUUACAUCAGACAACCGCCUUGGGCCUGACAGGUCUAGUUUCGCUCGAUAUCAUCAACAAAAUCAGCAUCGACCGCGACCAACAGCAUUUGAUUCCACUUAUCUUCUUGGACACACUUUACCAUUUUGAUGAAACCAUUGAGCUCGUUCACCGCUGCGAAGAAACAUACGACGUGAAGUUCAAUAUUUACAGACCUACCAACGCUGAAACCGCUAAAGAGUUCGAAGCAGAGCACGGUGAACGUCUGUGGGAGACCGACGAAGCAACAUACGACUUUCUCGUCAAGGUCGAGCCAGCACAACGCGCAUACGAGCAGCAUCAAGUCAAAUCCGUCAUCACUGGCCGCCGCCGCAGUCAAAAGGGUGACCGUGGCGAGAUCCCUGUACUCGAAGUUGAUUCGACUGGUCUUAUCAAACUCAACCCACUCGCUUUCUGGGACUUUAAACAAGUCUGGACUUAUAUCCGCGCCAAUGAGGUGCCUUACAACAGCCUCGUCGACCAGGGUUACCGAUCCAUCGGCGACUGGCACUCGACUAAGAAGCCUGCUAGUGAAGAAGACGAACGAUCAGGCCGAUGGAGCGGCAAAGAAAAGACCGAGUGCGGUAUGCACCAGGACUAUUUCAAGAUGCGCGCAGCUUUCGUGGCAGCAAAGAAGAAGAAAGAACAACAACGACAAGCUACUGUCGCAGCUGCAUCGACACGCAGUCCAGCAGCACCUAUCGCCGUUGCAUCUUCGUCCUAA